AUGCGGUGCGGAUCUGCUUCCUCCUCCUUCGCAGCAUUGAGCUACCAGCUGGAGGAAGCCCGAACAAAGCAGCUGAAAGAGAGGUCUAAGCGAGCCUUGGAGCUCAUGAAGGCUGCUGUGGAAUGGAAGUCGUGGGACGAGCUCCAGACCUUGUCCAAGGCCUUCCAGGGCUAUUUGGAGGAGAUCCGGGAGACAGAUCUAUGCCGCAAAACCGAUUUGGAAACGAGUAUUUCUCGAGUCUGGGCUGCGAGAGGUCAGCUGGCAAAGGCAGAUCGCCACAAGGAUGAAGCCAAAAUGCAGGCAGAGCUCAUUCAUGCAAGCAAUGUGGACUUGCGACAUCAGCUCGAAUUUGAUGCGCGCCAGUUUGUUGCACUGCUUCAGAGCUGCGCACAUUUGGAGAGACAGUUGGCUACCUUACGGCAGAAAUGCAUCGAGGAAGCUGAUCAAACACCUCCGAAAGCAGAGUCCCACGACGCCACCGGCUGUACUUCCAGGAGUGCUCCCCAGCGUGGAGCGUUUCCCGCUGAGCCCGUGACAUGUGCGACACACGUGCAGCUGACACUUGGACCACGAGACGUGUGUGGAAAAGUCAUGCUGAGCAAGGACCGUUGUAGUAGCAACUUUGCCGAAGCGGUUUCAAGCCCUGCUGCUGGACCAAGCCAAAGUGAAGGCAUCGCCCAGGUAAGUGCCGAAGCUGAGCAAGCAGCAACAGAAGAAGCAGCAGCAACUGUGUUUGCAGCUGUGGCUGCUGCAGAGACGGCUAUCGAUGAGGAAGAGCAGAGCCCUGCUGGAAUGCAACCCUCUGAAGCGUCCACAGCAUUGGAGCUAUCACCAGAGCAAAAGAAUCCUCCGAGCCGCGAGGAUAGCAAUGGGCGGAAGGAGGCCCUUCUGGUCUUGUCCGCCCUCGCAGAUUUGAAGAAGAAGUUGCAACUUUGCUCGGCAGCCAGGGAUACAUCGAUUUCUACCUGUGAUGGCACUCCGGCUCUGAUGGAACCUGCCAGCCCAGGGAAUGCACAGGCUGAGGACACGGAGGAUGUGGUAAGCACAGUGGAAACGCCACCACACAGCAGUGCUGGUCCUUCCCCUGGCGCAACUUUGGAAGAUUUGCUGCGAAGUGGCAAUCAAGAAUAUGCGAGUCCUGCAAGGAGACUAUUUUGUGAGGCGACGAAAGCUGGUGGAGAGGAUCUACCUUGUCUUGAUCCUCCAUCCCCAAAUUUGCGGCCAUCAGUCUUGGCAGCUGAAGAGGCAUUGCGAUGGGCUACAAUGAGAGAUGGCGCUCAGGCAAAUGCUCGACUCCUGGCAGGAAUGACUAGAGCAGAGGACUGUUUUGGCGAAAUUGGAGCACACAGCAAGAGCCAAACCUCUCAGCAGAGACAUGUUGUACAGACUGCAAAGCAGCCGGUGGCUAGUUUUUUCUCCGCCGUGGCACAUGGUGGCACAACAUUUGCACCAACAUUGUCCACUAGCUCAGUCUCUUCCAGCAGGAGCGUUCCUGCAGGUGCAUCAGAGCUUGAUCGAACGUUGAGACUGAUGUCUCGUUCCUCUGGCCCGGUGGUGUCUCGCACACUGAGAGGCGCACUUGGCCCGCUUCACAGUGAAGCGCAAGGAUCGCCAGCCAGUUCAACGAGUGGCCCUGGCCAAUGUGCGGGCUCACCUGAAAAGCUACAACAGCAAGGAGUUGCUGUCUCACCUUCCGCUGUCCCCUCUUUGCCUAUGCGUUCUGCUUUGCCUGCUACCGGAACUGUUUCGGCGAGGGGGCAGAGGAAUGCAGGAGGUCAAGGAGAGGCCCCGGAAGGACGGGCUGAUGCAGCAUAUGUGGCCACCGUCCAGCUUGUGAAGGAGUUGGGGAAAGUAAAGGUGUCAAGUGCAACUUCUCAAAAGCAAAAGUCGCUUCAGAAAGAGGUGUCGCAAUCUGGUGCGAGUAGGGCCACUUGCCGUGAACGCCCAAUGGAUAGGGAAAGAAGCAGCAGCCCUUCCAGGCGUUCGCGGAGAAGUGAGGCUCAGGAUCAGAGCACUAAGGCAUCACUGUGA